UAUUGUUUUUUUAUUUUUUAGCUAAUUAUGAUGUCAUCAGGGAGCUCCUAACUCCAAAUAAUGCCCCACUAUCUCUCCCUCCACCUUUACCCCCCAAACGCUCAAAAAUGCCGAAACCUGAAACAACCACACCCUCUGCUCCCCCUCUACCCCCCAGGGGGCCAAAAUAUUACCGCAUGAAAGUCGAGGGUCUGGACAUCAAGAGGAAACCAUUAUUCUAUCAAAGCCUCUCCCUGUUCUCAUUAAAAUGUUUAUUAAAUGGUGUCCUUCAGAACAGGUCCCAGCUAUUAAGGGAUCACCUAACAGGUACUAUCACCCUCGGACAGGUCUCCGCCCUUUCAUGGAUCUUCCUUAACGUACAGACCACGCCCACAGACUCAGAGAGUUCUUCAAAGUUUUUAUCGGUCUCUGAAUUCUCUUGUAUCGUACCUCAGCUCUUGCACUCUCUUGUUGAUUCAGAGGCUAUUAGUUUUGAGCAUCAUGGGCCGCUAUUGAGGGACCUUGGUCUGUUGCCUGGCUGCUGGCCGUUGUUCAUUAUACCAUCGCCUCUGUCUUUACCGGCCAGUGUACUGGUUAUUAGAGCAGCGAGGAAUAACGAUGAUCCACUCUGUGUUAAUAUAUGGAGAGGGUUUUUGUCUACACUUGAAGAAAAUGCAUCAAAUGAAAAUGACCACGAAGAAGAUCUACCUGUUACUCAUCUCCAGUUAUUGUUGUUGGUGUGGGGUAGUUUCUCUGAUAGUGUUAGGAAGGAGUUACUACUCAAGUGUGUAGCAGCUGUCAAUAAAGUGGCUGAAGAGAAAGA